AUGGCAAAAUUAAUAGCAAAAAUCGAAUCUUUUUUGUUGGAAGCCCCUUUGGAAGCUAUUUGCAGUGGCUCAAUUUUUUAUUUAACAAUGGAGGAUGAUAAAGUGGCUGACUACAACACAAUUAGGAGUUUGAAUGAUCGUGCAAUUACACUAAAGGCACUGAAUAUACCUCAAGAAUCGGAUCCAGAUUGUACACGAGAAGAAAUCGUACAGAAUUUUAGAACAUUGAGAUCGAAGCUUAGUUCUCCUAUGACAAUUGUGGACGGAAUUCUUUACGAUGCUCUUAAGAGUGGAAUAGGUAAUUCAGUAGAUGUUUCUGAACUUACUUGGAGGGAUCCAAUUGCAAGUACUGUUCUCAGUGAUGAUUCGGUGGUGGAACCUCGAGAGAACAUGAGAUGCAAACUCCCAGACUCAGUUUCUUUUAAGUGCGUCGAAUUUGUAAAUAAUUUUAAUGAAAUAGGCGUUCCAGAUUGUUUCAGAAAUAUUACACAUAAUGGAUUAUGGAAGGAGAACGAAUCUGACCUAGAAAAAAUAGCUGAACGAAUACUUACUAGUCUUGGAGAUUUACCAAAUGACCACGGGGUUAGCUAUAAAAAUUCUAUAUGUAGGCCCAUUUGCAAUCAGUUUGGUGUAGUUGGAAUCCAGAAAUAUUGUAAUUGUGAACAAGAGUUUGCUCAUGCAGGCGCUAGAACAGGCUACUUCACAUCCUCCUCGAAAG